CUAUCAGUGCCAGUCAGUGCCGCCUAUCAGUGCCACCUAUCAGUGCCAUCAGUGCCUCCUCAUCAGUGCCCAUCAGUGCCACCUAUCAGUGUCCAUCAGUGCAGCCUAUCAGUGCCCAUCACUGCAGCCUCAUUAGCGCAAAUCAGUGAAGGAGAAAAAUCACUUAUUUACAAAAUUGUAUAACAAAAACUAAGAAAAAACUUUUUUUUUUUCAAAA